UUUUUAAUUGUACAAAGAUAAGGUGGCUCUAAAAGUCCAACUAUGAUCACAGACUAAAAUAAUAUUCACGGGUUGUUCCAAAUCUGAUUAUCCAUUUCUUGAUCAUCGGUCCACUGCUACAUCUGAAUCAACUUCAUCUUUCUUAAAAACGAUGGAAUCUCCGGCAAGAUCAGCAGAGAAGCAGGUUCAUGUGGUUUGUGUAGCUUCCCCAACUCAAAGCCACAUCAAGGCAAUGCUGAAGAUGGCAAAGCUCCUUUACAGCAAAGGCAUUUUUAUCACAUUUGUUAAUACAGAGUUCAACCACAGACGCUUCCUUAAACAAGGACUACUUGACUCUCUGGAUGGUCUCCCUGGUUUCAGAUUCGAAACAAUCCCUGAUGGCCUCCCGCCUUCAGACCCCGACGCCACCCAAGAUAUUGCUGCAAUUUGCCAGUCCAUCAUAGAAAAUAGGAUGUUGCUUCCGUUGCAGAACCUCCUUGCAAAACUUAAUGCAGGAGGGCAUAAGGUCACUUCUAUCCUCUCGGAUGGGUUCAUGCCGUUCACAGCUGAUGCAGCACGUUCCAUAGGGGUACCUAUUGUUUUGCUUUGGACAAUUUCUGCUUGUGCCUUUAUGGGAUUUUAUCAGUUCCGUAAUCUGGUUGAAAAAGGUCUUAUCCCAUUGAAAGACGAUAGCUACCUAACGAAUGGAUGUUUGGACACAGUCAUUGAUUGGAUUCCAGGAAUGCCAAAUAUUUGCUUAAGGGAUCUCCCCAGCUAUGUCCGAAGCACGGAUCCUAAUGAUACUAUCCUCAACUACAUAAUAAAAGCUACUGAGAGAGCAAGUAAUAGCACAGGAAAUGUAUUUCAUACUUUCGACGACUUGGAACCAGAACUUUUGAGUGUCAUCUCAUCUAUGUUUCCUAAUGUAUUCACAAUAGGCCCUCAGCAGUUGCUCCUCAACCAAAUACCAUUUGAAAAGGCUGAGCAACUUAAUGCCCUCGGAUACAGUCUAUGGGAAGAGGAACAAACAUGUCUGCAAUGGCUAGACUCUAAGGAACCCGAUUCUGUUAUCUACGUAAACUUUGGAAGCAUAGCAGUUAUGUCUCGGGAACAAUUGGUGGAGUUUGGCCGGGGGCUUUCGAAUAGCAACCACCACUUCUUAUGGAUAAUAAGGCCUGAUCUGAUUGUUGGUGAGUCCGAAACUACUCUGGGGCUUGAAUUUAUGGAAACCAUUAAGGACAGAGGUUUCAUUGCAAGCUGGUGCCCGCAAGAGGAAGUCGUCAACCAUGUGUCAGUGGGAGGGUUUCUGACACACGGAGGGUGGAACUCGAUCCUCGAGAGCUUAUCCUCUGGCGUGCCAAUGCUCUGUGUGCCAUUUUUUGGAGAUCAACCAACAAAUUGUAGGUACAUUUGUACUAAAUGGGAGUGUGCAAUGGAGAUCCAUAGCAAUGCAAACAGAGAUGAGGUGGAAAAGCUUGUUAGACUAUUGAUGAAUGUACAGCAGGGUAAGAAGAUGAAAAGGAAGGCUAUGGAGUGGAAGAAAAUGGCAGAAAAGGCAUGUGGUCCUCAAGGAUCAUCAUCGCUUAAUUUAGACAAACUGGUUUUUCUUUUGACAAACUAGAACUAUACAAUUUCAUCUAAGGUUGGUGUUGAUUUUUCUUACAAACAAGUAUCUGUUUUAAUAUUUUUCGGAUGAACCAA